AAUGGAACUAAAGGCCAAUUUAACCUUCCAGACAGUCUUCCUGAAAGUGAUACCAGAGCCCAGACAAAACCAUCAGAACUGGAAAGCACCAGCAUCAGUGUCAAACUGCCUAUGACAGCUUCAGAAGCCUUGAAAAAUUUUAGAAACCAGUUAACAGUCUAUGAGCAAAAAGAAAUUUUCAAUUAUACAGAGCUAUGGUUUCUUGGGCUGGAAGCUAAAAAGAUUGAAGGUUUGCCUGAGACCCAGAAUAAUAAUUGUUAUGAUGAUGAGCAUGGUUCCUACUUAAAGGUUUUACAUGACCAUAUUGCAUACCGAUAUGAAGUGUUGGAGGUGAUUGGGAAAGGGUCAUUUGGGCAGGUGGCUAAAUGCUUGGAUCAUAAAACCAAUGAAUUAGUGGCACUGAAAAUAAUAAGGAAUAAGAAAAGAUUUCACAGCCAGGCUUUAGUAGAAGUGAAGAUCCUUGAUGCUCUUCUGAAGAAGGACAAGGAUGAUACUCACAAUAUCAUCCACAUGAAGGAAUACUUCUACUUUCGCAAUCACUUCUGUAUUUCCUUUGAACUGCUGGGAAUAAAUUUGUAUGAGUUGAUCAAAAAGAACAAUUUCCAAGGUUUCAGUUUGUCUUUAAUUCGACACUUCACUCAAUGUGUGCUGAGAUGUUUACAAGUGCUCUACCAGGAAAGAAUAAUUCACUGUGAUCUGAAGCCUGAGAACAUACUAUUAUACCACAAAGGCCAAGGUUCAGUUAAAGUUAUUGACUUUGGAUCAAGCUGCUAUGAAGACCAAAGAGUGUAUACCUAUGUUCAGAGCCGGUUUUAUCGCUCGCCUGAAGUGAUUCUUGGUCAUCCUUAUGCUAUGGCUGUUGAUAUGUGGAGCUUGGGCUGUAUCAUGGCUGAGCUUUACACAGGCUACCCACUGUUUCCAGGGGAAAAUGAAGUUGACCAACUUGCCUGCAUUAUGGAGGUAUUGGGUCUUCCACCAGCUGAUUUUAUCCAAGCUGCAUCCAGAAAGCGAACAUUCUUUGAUUCCAAAGGUUUUCCUAAAUCCAUAACUAACAGCAAGGGAAAAAAGAGAUGCCCAGACUCCAAGGAUCUAAGCACAGUGCUGAAAACCCAUGAUGCUGGUUUCUUGGACUUUCUGAAAGGAUGCCUAAUGUGGGAACCUGCCCUGCGGAUGACUCCUGAUGAAGCAUUGAAGCAUGCAUGGAUCCAGGAACCAAAAAUAUACAGAGGAAAACAGAAAAUACAGACUUCAAGGAAGCUGAGUGAUGGCUUUUUCUCUACACCAGACAUGCAAAAAGAGAAUAUUCAAAACAUCUGGAAAGAUAUAGCUGAUGAAGUGAAAAGUGAACUGGCUGAAAGACUGACUCCCACUGCGCCCUCCCCAGGCACAAUGGAAAAUGAUGUACAGCAGACAAGAAAACAUGUUAUUCCAGAGAAUUAUUUGGAGACCCAAAUGGAAAAGUCUGUAAAAAAUGAACAAGCAGAACACAUUGGUGAAACAGCUCUUCCAAAAAAUUCUCUUUUUUUCCCACCAAUUAAGUAAUACACAGCAUAAGUAAUGAUUGGUGCAGUUGCAUACCUGGUAUUUUGAAGGUAAUAUCUGUACUCAGGAAUAUAAGCUGUAUCUGUCUGUACAUGGGUUGUGCACAUUGUACGUGUAUUUAGCGUUCAUUUUAUCCUUAGUCUGGGCAACCAAAACAGAAUUUGAAAACCAUUCCUUUUCAUCAUCUACAUCCUUGUUAUGAUCAGAGAUCCUUCACAACCAGCAGCAAUAAAAUGGAGACUAUAGA